GUUUCAUCAGACAUACAUAUGUGUUAAUACAUAUAUAUGUACACAUCUCUUACAUAUUUGAUCACAUAAUUGUUUAUUAUAAAAUGCCAGAAACAUCAAGCACAGUGGAUAAUAUUAUUAAUCACCGAAAUCGUGAUUGUUUGGGAUGUAGAAUUGUUAGCGGUUGUGGUCUUAUCGGUUCUGGCUUAUAUGUUUCACAUCAUUCAAAGAAAUUUCAAAGAAAUAUUGGAAAAUCUAUAAUGUAUACAAUUGGAAGUGCAUUGAUAUUCCUUGGCACUGCUCGACUUUUGGAUCUACCACCAUUUCGCAAUCAAUUUAAUCAUGGAUAAUCACGGAUGUAUAUUUAUGAUAUGUUUAUUGUUUAUACAUAUAAACAUUAUAAUAACUU